AUGUCGUCAUAUUUUAUACCAUCUUCUAGCUCUUUCGAUCAUAAAAUAUCCGAUCAAAAUAAUAAAUAUAUUAUAAAAUUAAAAACGGAUGAAUUCAAUGCGAAUGAAUUUAUUUUAACAAAACGUCAAGCAAUUGCACAUUUAAUUAUUGAUGCUAAACAUCAUGAAGAAGAUCAACUUGGAGGCUAUAUAAGACGUGAAUUACAUAAAAUAUUUGUUAUUCCAAAACAUGUUGAUAUCAAUAAUUAUCAAUAUUCGUACAAUAAAAACAUGCAAGAAUUAACAAUAGAACUAUCGCAUUUUAAACAACAGGACUCAUUUAUGAGUCCAUCUUAUUUAUCAUCUAUACCUCGUGGUAGUGGUGAUCAAUAUUCAAUGGGUGGAUUUUUGUCCAGCACAUAUCGCACAAAUAACGAUCUGAAUUUAACUUUAAACAGUAAUACAAGUGGUAUUGGUACAAAUGAUACAUCAACAACAUCGAAAAAUCUCACAACAAGUCAAUAUGAGCCAACUCCAUUACUAUCAUCAACUUCAACAAAACCGUUUGAUUUUGAUUUAUUUCAUCGAAGUGCAUUUAGACCUCAAAUUGUUUCAACAUCCACAGAUACAGAUGAAAAAAAAAUAAUUAUGAAUUUAGAUUUAAGUGAUUAUUCAGCAGAAGAUAUUAAAGUAUCAGUUAAAGAUCUUGAUUUAAUUGUCAAAGCUGAACGAAAAAUGGAAACAGAUACACGAAAAUCGUCUGCAUCAUUCUAUCAAUCGACACAUUUACCACCACAAACCGAUAUUGAAAAUUUAAUAUCAAAUUAUAUUGAUGGACAAUUAAUUAUUGAGGCACCUUAUCUACAACAAGAUCAAGAAAAACGUCGACUAGACAAAACAACAUGGUAA